AUGUCUUUCCUUCAUGGAGUUUUGCAUAACAUUAAGCCUAAAUUAGGCCAGCAUAAAGACACUUUAGAUAGCGCACUUAACUCACUUAACAACAAAAAUGAUAAUGGUAUUGCUAAAUACAGGGCGGCGAUAGCCGCGGUGGAGGGAUGGGUCAGGAGGUACAAUAAUGAAGUCGCCGCCUCAAAUUCUAAGGUAAGUCAACAAAUUAAUUUGUUGCAGGUUGCCGUCAAACGGUACGAGCAGAAGACUCUAGAUGUAGAAUUCUCAGAGACUGCAUUAAGUACGGCCGUGAAGGUGGAGCAAGCUGAGAAGUCUAUUAAUCUCAAGGUGCAAGAAUGUCAAGAGCACGCUAAAAAAUUCACUAGCGCACUUAACACCACUGUAGACACUAAUCCACUUAACAACGCAAUUUCCGACCUAAAUGCUAAAUUAAAAGAUAGGCUUGAGAACGUGCGUAGGACAGUGGAGUAUGAGAGUGGUAGGUUGGGGAGGGUGAAGGUGCAAGAGGAGGGGGAGUUCACAAGGACGGAGCAGAAAAUUAAGGAUACGCUGAUCGCUCUUCAAAAUUGCGUAAAUAAUAAAAUUAGUGAAGACAUUAAAAAGCUUCUGGAUGAGUUAACGAAAAUGGUCCAAGAGAUUUUGAAGGAGCUUAGGAACAUCAGUAGGGAUUUGUCGCAACGUAUUAACGAGUUGCAGAAAUGGAUUAAGGAUGCGGACGGAAUUGUGGAUGGUGCAAUGAGUAAAGUAAGUGGAAUUACAAAUGGGAGUGUUGGUUCUGUAAAUAAAGAUAACAUUGAGAAGUCUGUGAAAGAGAUUAACACUGCAUUUAUACAGGGGAAAGGAUACGUUGAAUCGUUGGUCAAAUCAGCCCUCACGGCCGUGAAGACGAUGGAUGACGAGCUGAAGCAGGAUUUGCACGGGGUGAGGACACAGAUAAGUACGGCGGUAGGGAGGAUUACGGAGAAGGUAAAGGAGCUUGGUGGUGUUAUUAAUGGCAAAAAUAACGGAGAAAUUAAAACCAUUCAAGCGCUUGUGCAAUAUGUUCAAGCACAGGUUGGGAUGAUUAAAAAUGGAAAGGAUGGAGGUAUCGAAGGUAUCGCAAGCAAGUAUAGCACACAUAUUGUCUCCAACCUUACUGAGUUAGACUCCAAAGUUCGCAACGUCACCGUCAAGUUUAUCCAUGCGCAGGCUGCGGAACUGGAAAGGAAAAUCAAGAUGCAGUUGGGGAGCCUACCAGAAAGUGUUUUAAAAACGACAGAUGCUCAGGGAUGGCAGCAGCGCCAAAAUUUGGACGAACUGAAGAGACGUAUUUCUCAAGUUACGCGUAACGUAACACAAAAUCAAUCUCAACAAAAGAUCGACGAAGGGAAACGUGAGAUUGAAUCAUUACGCACUCGGAUAUUACAAGCCAUUAAUAGCAGCAACGAAUCUUGGAAGAAGGAGAUUGACGGGGAGUUGCAGGAAUUGCAGCAGCAAAUUACUCCACUCCGAUCACCAACGCCCCAGCUCCAGCCUGAUCAAAUAAAAAAUCUUAUUCUUAAACUCCAACUUUGUUUCGAGAGGCUGAGUCAGCUAUGUCACAAUGUAGACGCAUAUAUUAAUGAGCGUACAAUGCAACGUUUCACAGAGCAAGAAAAUCGACUACAAGAUCUUAUAGGUGAAAUUGAGAGCCAGGGUAGUUCAGGUACAAUUCAAUCGAACAUACAACGAUCCCUGUAUUCUACUCUAUCAAAUGCUCACAGUGCAGCUCAACAAAUUUCUAGUGAAACUGCCAUCCAAAUCAAGGCGCAAAGUGCCAACCAACUGGGUGGUCACGGCAACGGCUAUAUGGCUCCCCAAGCACAGUAUUUGCGUGGUAGUUAUAGCCCAUACCAACAGAUUCUUCCCGUCAACCUUGACACUCUUCUUAGUCAGUUUGACGCAGAAGUUAGGAAAAAAGUUACUGACCUCAUCACUAAUAUCGGCUUAACCGAUCGUGAGGGAUCUUAUAAAGAAUUAAAAGCACUGGAACGUAACAUUACUUCGCUCCACGCCAAUCUUAAUAACGCUACUAAAAAUCCCCCCCCUCCCAGCCCAGCCGGCCUGGUCGACACCGCGAUCGCGCAGGUGGGCAUCACGCUCGAGCAGCAGUUGAAAGAGGCAAGUGGUACAGUGGACAUUAAUGGUUCUUCAGGCUUCACGAACUACAAACUGCAAGUCAAACAAGAUAACAUUGACACUCUCAGUGACGCUACCAUCGACAACCUUGAAGGCGCCCUUCCAGAGAAGAUCAAGGAGAUCAAGACCUAUGGUCUGCAACUAUUCGAAACAAAUUUAGGCGCCAAAGAAAAAACAGAGUAUACUGCACUUGGUGGAUUUCUCGGGGAAAUCAGAGAAAAUCUCGAAGCUCUCCUCGACACAGUUUCUCGAACCGGCAAGGCUGUUAAGCAGCAAUUGACUCAGCUUCAAACAAUGAUCGGCAAAAAGCAGCACGGCACCACCGACGCUGCUGAAGGAACCCUUCAAAAAAUUCACGACCAACUUGCCGGUCUACAAACCUCAUUGGACCAGGGCCCAAUUAAAAACGCCGAUUAUCUGAUUAAAUACAUCGAUCAUCACAGCAAAGACAUCGUCGACCAACUCACAAGACACGUCAAAAAAGAAGUCAACUCCGCCGAAUCCAAACUCACCACCCACGCGCGCAGGCAGUACGUCGACGCCCUCAAGUUCGCGCUCCAGCAGUUCGCCACGAAGAUUGGAAACGAGCUAAAUGGAUUGCCGGACAAAAUUGCUGCAGAUUUGGAUCAAGGCCACAAGAAGUUUAUGAAGACGUUCCAUGAGCAUUUCCUUAACAAGCUCAAGGAGAUUAGUGGCGUUGUUCCUACGGACUUCACAAAACAAAAAUCCCCGCUGAGUGAAGCCGCAAAAAUUCUUGACGCCGCUUCAUCAUCUUUCUUCAACGCAUUGAAAAUACAAGACGACUUCACCGAAGACUUCCCGAAAAUCGAGCCGUCCACCACCGCACUUCACACUCUGCUGACUGACCUCGGCAAGUCAAGAUACUUCGAUCCUAAUUUCUUCACAAACUUAGACAAACUGAUAGAAUCACUUAGCGCGUUUAAUCCGACGAAAUACGGCGAGGGACAACUCUCUUCCAUCCUCAACGCCCUGCGAGCAGGCUUCACGCCGCUGGCCGACCAACUCAGGAAGCAGUACACGAACGUGUACGAGGGGGCCGCGCCGAUCAAGGAGUGGGUGACUACAGAAAAAGAUAAAGUGCCUGCUGAAAAUGCGUCACCGAAAACCAAGCUGACAGACGACGGCGAGCGUGGCGCAAAGGUGUUGCUCACCAUCACAUCGACGCUGUUCCGUGAUUUAUUCACACUUAGGAGGGGGCUUGGUGAAAGCGGGUGGAAUGGGUAUAAAAUGUACAAUUCCGAAACCCCUCGCAAUAGCUUACAUAGAGCUAUCUUUACUAAACACGGGUACGAUCUUGGCCUUCCUAAGAAUGCUGAGCGUGGCGAGUUGAAUUACAAGGCAGACUUCAAGGGUGACGAAAUUCGCACCGAAUUAAUAAACAAGAAUAAUAUUCUGAAACAUAUAUCAACACUCCACGACAACAUAAAAGACUAUUUCCGUGCUUGCCACUUCACAAUUGCCGACAAGCAAUCUGUUCCUUGUAAUAUAUACCAAAUGCUGUUUUGGCUUAGUGGCCUCAGGUAUAAUAGCAUACUAACUCCACUCACCAAAUAUCUAGAAACGCUUUUCCUGGUGGACGAUAAGGAAGAUCCAUCUGGCAAAUCAAUUAAGCCCAUCUCCGCAUAUCCAUCUGUGUUCACACAUAACGAUAUAGAAGAUGCACUUUAUAGUGUAUGCUUACAUUCCCAGUCCGCCCUUACUGUCAUCCUUGGCAGUGGCCAUUCUAAUGGAAUUUACGCCUGCGAUUUCAAUACCAACCCAGAUAAAUUAUCGUAUCCUAGUAGCCCUGCUCAGUGCUGUGACAUGCUUGUAGAUAUAUUGCGCAGACUAUUCUAUCAACUCUAUUUCUUGUAUACACAGUGUUCACAAACUACCGAGCACAGCGGCUGGUACAAUUGCUCGUAUGGUCAGGGUGUCGGCGGCUCCGGCUGGCAAUGCAAUGAGAAGCAGUGUGCCAACCAAACGUGUCCCCAAAUAGCUGACCAAAAGGCCAACCAAAAGUGUAACCAACAUCCAAACUGCGGCGUCAAGUCGCCACUCCAAUCCUUUUUGGAAGAUAGCCUCCCCGGCUUCCUGCCUCAUACAUUUAGUAAACCCGGUUGCAAACUGACAUGCACUGUGAAAAAUCAUCACGGCAUUCCAUGCGUCACUCCAAUGGGUUUCUCCGAGUGUUCCAUAGUUGCGUCGCAUACUAGUAAGGGCUCCCGACUUUACCAUGCGCUUAAGGAAUUCUGUGGCAAAGCAGAGAGCCCACUCACCAAUCUGUGUAGCCAGCUAAAUUGUCUCUUGCCUACCGCUCCUAAAACACUAGGCGAUAUGUUUUCUUUCUAUUACAAUUUCCUUACUGCGUGGAGCACAAACACGGAACAUAGAAGCGACGCAUUUAAUAAAGCUGUUGCCAAAGCAAAUUUCGGUGAGGCAUAUGUCGACCUCGAUCCCUCUACCAUGUUCGGUAGCCCUAAGCAUUCACAUAAAGAAGCGAACGCUGACCUCUACACUCUCGUUUGCACCUCGAGAAAUUCUAUUGUAUGCGGCCCGUAUUUGCAUCCCCUUAAUCAUGAUAUAAGCAGCGUGUUCAGCAACAAGAAUGCCGAUAAGUAUCUGUCGUGGAUCACCUACAUAACAGAAACAUUCUACCAUCUACUUAAAGCGCUCUAUGAAGAGUGCAACAAGACCUGCGGUACAAAAGGCUCCAGGUGCUAUGACCACAGUUGCAAUAAAGGUUGCCCGGCAGGACAAAAUGCUUCGUCAUCUAACCAUAUGCCAUUAUGCAAAUCAAUUGUUCACUGCCCAUCAACACUUCCGACGUUAUGUAGAUAUGGCUUUCAUUUCGGAAAUGCAGCCAAACUCGGUGAUCCUGCUGACACAACCGUAACAAAAAGAACAUGUAAGAAUUUCUGCAAAGCAUUAGAAAAUCUCCUGCAAGAAGGCAGAGCGUUCCACACCCCUCUGGUCGCUCUCGCUCCUGUACCUGCUGCACAUCGCCGUCGUCCGCCUCGACGUCCUGAGGAUACGCUCACACCUGAGGUCACCUUCCAGCCACCGCAUCGCCGCGCAGUCGCUCCUCGCCGCCGCACGCGUCAAGGCACUCAACAACGUCAAUCUCAUAAUGCUUCCAAGAGGUCUCUUGAGACACUGAAAGAGCUUUGUGAUUUUGCUAAUAAAGUUAAUUCAUCACCAAGUGGAGAAUGUGAAAAGCUUUUAACAAAUUUGUGUUCAGGUCUCCAAACAUUUUUGGGGUACAAUGAAAAAUCCAAAGGCUACGAUGGCACUGGCAUCGUGUACUCGGACCUUGACAGGCUCUGCGACGGGGUGAUGGCAUUCUUGCACUCAGUGCUUAAUGAUGUUCACGCUAAACAGCCUUACAAUGUUGGUAAAAAUAUAUUACGUGAUAAUGUUUUGAGUCAUUUUAAUGGUAAUUUGUGUUCAGGUCAUAAUGGUUUUAAGAGUGUCAUUGACUUGGUGGCGCAGGGUGUCGGGAGGUAUAAUAGGGAGGUGGAGAGGUCUAAUAAGAAAGUCUCCGAUCCCAUAAUCAAGCUUCAAGAGGAGAUGGAGACGCUGAAAAAACAGGUGAGUGAAAUUUUAAAGGAUCAUUCUGUUGCAGGUACCAUGAAUCCCAAGCAGCCGGUGACAUUCACACCGGAACAAGUCGAGAAGGCGGAGUCAUUGAUCUACGACAGCUCGAUGAGCUGUAUACGCAAUGCUGACACUUUCGGCAAAGAUAUGAGAAGAGCACUUUUAAACAUAGAUCACCUAAAUCACGAUUUGCGCACUAGGGUAAAUAAUGUUAGAAAUACUAUUGCACAUGAACGUGAACGGCUGGACAAGGCAUCCACUAAGCAGUGGCAGGACAUGAUUAGAAUGAAUGAAGCCAUUAUUGACACGAUGAAUGCUUUGCAAAAGUGCAUAAAUGAGCAUAUUACAGCCGAUGUUAAUACCCUGGUGAAUACAUUGAGAGAGAUGGUUCGGAAAAUUAGAGACAAGUUGGUAGGGAUUGAAAAAGAUCUUGGUAAUUACGUUAGCAAGUUGGAAAAUUGGAUUAGUGAAGCAGACAGAAUUGUGAGAGAAUCCAUGGACGUAGCUAAUGGACUUGAGAAUAAGAGUUUUGCUUGGGGAGCUAAGCAAAGUAUUGAGGAUGUUACGACGAGAAUCAAAGACACCUUUGGGGAGGCGGAGAAGUACGUCAAAGAACUGGUUGGAAAGGCGCUGCAGGCCGUGAAGACGAUGGACGGCGAGCUGAAGAAGGAUUUGUGGAAGGUUAAGAAUAAUAUCAAGCAGGCGAUCAUGCAGUUGGGAACAAAGUUGGAUGGGAAUGUGAAGGAUGAUUUAAAGUUUUUGGAGGAGGGAGUUAAUACACAGAUGAAGCAUUAUGUUCAGCAGUUGAGGACGAAAAUUAGGGGAGAUGUUGGAAAAAUUCUUAGGGGUGAAGAUCCAUAUUCAGUCAAUGGUUUAAGGGGAAUCGAAAAGGCGGUGUGGCAGUUGUACAAGGAUUUUCAAGAAAAGGGAGCAUUUGAGAAAAAAGUGCAGGGGUGGGUUGGAGAUGUAUUAGGGAAGGACAAGACGGUAGACGUGUUAAUUGAUGCCUAUGUUGAAAGUAACAAGCGCUCUGGCUAUUUUCAGCAACAGGACCAAGGUGGGAUAAAACAAAACGUUAUAAAGCAUAUUAGAAAGGUUAUUGACUCGAAGCUUCAAAGCAUAAUUACAGGCGUUACUGCUGUAGAAAACUCUGACAAAGCUGGAAUCGCUACUAAUUUAACAAAGAUAAAAACUUGUAUUGAUUCAUUCGUCCAAGAGCUGACGAAGAGUAUGCAAUCCGCAGAAUUUAGAAUAUCUGCUAUAGUUCAGAGCAUCGCUGAACAGUAUGAAAGAGAGGGGUUGUUGACUCCUCAGAGCGGUAAGGGAACCCAUGACAAAACGCUUCUCACUUCAGUCCUCAACCGCAUUCUCAAAAACCUUCUUGCUUCGGCCAGACAUAAAGCUGCCGAUUUUGCAUGGCUCAUCAGCGACGAGAAAAAGGUGGGAGGGGACUCUAGUAUCGCGAAGGAGAUCGACGCGGCUAAGAAAAAUGCAGUUGACCUUGACACGUAUCUAAAAAAGUCGGUUGAAGGCGAUGGCUCCGGUAAAGAUGGUGGUACCUCAUCCGUUGAGAAGGAGAUUAAGGAAAAACUUGAAAAGGAAUACUUUAAAAAGGCGUCGACGGGUGGUGGUGACAACAAUUAUGAAAUCGGCCAAGGUCUCAUGUCCAAUUUCCACGACACCCACAAGAAGCUCCUUAAAGGCCAGAUAGCAAGCGCCGCCGGUACCGGUGGCGGUACUGGUGUAGGUUCUCAAGAUGUCCUUGAGGAGCAGUUGAAAGUGGACAGUGAUACUGCAGAUAAAAUCAACAUUAAAGACACCACUGAAAAGAUCUUCACGAAAUACAAAGCCCAAGUCAAACAAGAUAACAUUGACACUCUCAAUGCCGACAACAUGGAUAACCUUGAAGGCGCCCUUCCAGCGAAGAUCAAGGAGAUUAGGGAAUUUGGCCUGCAACUAUUUGAAGAAAGAUUAGGUGUGAAAGGCAAGUCAGAGUACAGUCACUUUGAUGGAUUUCUCGGGAAAAUCAGAGAUAAUCUCGAAGCUCUCCUACAAGAGAUGUCUAAGGCCGGCCAAAAAAUCAACCAGCAACUGACUCAACUUCAAACAAUGAUCGGCAAAAAGCAGCACGGCACAACCGAAGCUGCUGAAGGAACCCUUCAAAAAAUUCACGACCAACUUGCCGAUCUGCAAGGCCCUGUGUCCAAGGCCCUCAAGGACGCCGAUGAGUUUAUAAAAUACGUCACUGCUGCUGAAAAGCAUUACAUUGAAGAACUCAAACGUCACAUCAAAAAAGCGGCGGAGGAUGCGUGCAACCAACUCACCACCCACGCGCGCAGGCAGUACAUUAAUUCCCUCAAAGCGUUGCUCGCCGCAUUUUCCGACAAAGUGGGAAAGGAUUUGCAUGGUCUGCCGAGAGAUAUUGCCGGCGAUUUGGAGACAGGCCACAAAGGAUUCAUGGCAAAACUCGAAAAGUAUUUCAUCAAGCAAAUUAAUAAUAUACACAAUACUUCGCCAUCUCGGUCCACAAGAAUGUCGUCUCAAACAAGGUCCACAUUCAGCCUAGCCACCUCUAAAUUGAAGACGGCACUUGUGUCAUUUGCCAUGAAAUUACAAGUCCAAGAUGACUUCAUGUCCGACUUCCAGAAAGUUAAGGCUUCGAGUGACGCACUCACCAACUUACUUACCAACCUGACCACUUCGCAGCACUUUAACCAUGACUUUAGUAAUAAUUUAGAGUCACUCGAAAAAACAUUCACUACAUUUAAUCCAAAAUCAUACGGCGAAGCCAAGAGCCCUUUGCUACUCAACGCUUUAAAAAAUGGCUUCUCGGAUUUGGUCGAACAACUUCAAUUAGCGUAUAUUUCAAAAUACGAUGGAGCUGAUCCAAUAAACUGGAGCGAUGAAAAGAAUCCAGACAAGAAAAAUUGCGCCCAAAUUCUCGUCACCAUUCUCAAGACUCUGCACCACAAUCUACAUGAGCUUCAUGAGAGAUGUCACAAGACAAACGGUCAGUGGAAGGAACACAAAAUUUCCCUCAUCUCCAAGCCAAGCGUCUAUAAUCCCCUCGGCGCAUUUUUCAGGGACUGCGGCUACAAGGUUUCGAGAACGGAAAGCUCCUAUGAAGGAGAGCUGAGAUGUCAUGUCAACAUGAGGGGGGGACAUGUAUUUAACAAGCUUCUUGAGAAGAUCACUCUCACCGCCGACACUAACGAACAUCUUCCAAAAUGUCCAUCAGUCAAAGACACUAAAAAUAACUUUGAUCUCUUCGACCUACUUAAAUGUCUCACAUCUCACGUCGCUCAGUAUUACCAAUCUUGCCACCUCGGACUCCCGAAGUCCAAAAAGUAUCCGUGUUCCGUUCGUGAUAUUUGUGUAUGGCUUGCCGGUCUCCCACAUACUGCCGUUUAUAAAACAAUCAAUGGCCACUGUAAAAAGAUGCUCAAUGAGCAAGACAAGGCAACCGGUGCAUUCCCCAACAAGGAGGAUACAGUCAUGAAGAGAUCCUUGGAACACCUAUACGGUAACAUUAAAACUGUAUGUAAAUUGGCACCUAAAUUAUUAGUCUCCAUCCAGGGCCACGGCCUUGGCGUUAACCAUGCUGCGUAUCCCUAUGCCUGUUGCUUUGAGAACAACCACGGAGGGUUCUAUUACCCCGGUGAUCCGUCGUCGUUGCUUGGUAUUCUAAAAGAUAUGUGCCAACGUUUGUUGCGUGCAAUGUCAUUCUUAUACCAACAAUGUAGGUACACAGCAGCCGACGGCAACGGGUGGCGUGAGUGUCAGUAUGGCUAUCGCGUCGGCAGUUACCAGUGGAGUUGCGAUGAGCUUAGCGACAACUCAAACACACAACCAAAGAGUCAAGCUAAGUGCCAACCAAAUAGUGAACCAAAUGACCAACCAACGUGCUUACCAAAGUCCCCGCUUCAGGCCCAUCUUAUGGACGGGCUUCCUGGUUUCAUGCCGCAUAAGUUCACAGCUGUCGGUUGCCAGGCCAUGUGCUCAACGUGCCCUAAGGGCUCACUUGUUGGUCAAUGUAUUACCCCAAUGGGCUUCGCAGAUUUGGCCACUGCGGGCUCUAUUACAGGCCGUGGCGAUGACCUCGUUGAUGUGCUUUCUACGCUUUGUAAAAAUGGCGGUUCAGUUCUGUGUGAAUUAGUGCACGCAUUACAAUGCAUAUCGCCCUCUCCACCGAAGGGCUUGGCAGAGAUGUUCUCGUACUACUGUAACGUUAUGCAGAAAUCGUAUGGUUCAGUGUAUGGUCACGAAGUGAAAUAUAAGGGUGAAAUUGACAGUGCCAUUCAUCUAAGUUUCCCGUUCAAAAAUGAUAUGUGGCUUCACCAAAGUUACCAAACUUCGAAGCUUACAGAUGCGCUGAAAGCAUUGUAUUGCUCUGACAAAGAACAUAACGGUACCAUAACCGACGAUAAUCAUCGUGGUCUUCACACUUUGUCACCUAACCCAUCGGAUGACAAGACAAAACAAUGUUCUACCAAUUUCACCUGCGCCCCUUACCUCAAAGCUCUGUGCCACGACGCCUGUCACACAUAUCCUCAGAAACAUAAAGCCUUGUAUCUGUCAUGGCUUUGCCGGUUGGCAUGGACAUUCUGGGAUUUGCUUGAUCAGUUGCUCAAGGCGUUCAAUAACAUAUCCUGUCAAACAUAUGGAUGUCAAUGUAAAUGCGGCUUUGGUAAACACGGCGUCACUGAGGAAGAUACAUCGCAAGCGCCAAAAGAUCCUAAGCCAAGCUGCGGUUGCACUUCGAUCGUCCAGUGUAAAGGGCCUAUGUCCGUAUUCUACCAGUACGGUUUCACAUUCGGAAUGCCGAAAGAGUUGAUGGGAUCCGGAAGCAAGAAGACAUGUGACAAUUUUGUAAAACAGUUGAACAGAGUUCUAACGAAAGGAUAUUUCAAAGAAUUAUUUGAUGAAAUUGAUGAGUUCAUCUGGGCCAUCCGUACACCCUUCUCCUACCUCUUAUUAGCCCACUGGUCGCUGUCGCUCCUGUACCUGCUGCACAUCGCCGUCGUCCGCCUCGACGUCCUGAGGAUACGCUCACACCUGAGGUCACCUUCCAGCCACCGCAUCGCCGCGCAGUCGCUCCUCGCCGCCGCACGCGUCAAGGCACUCGCCAACGUCAAGUACUUCUCACCAUAA